GCAAGUUUGGUAAAAGCUCAAGUCCAAACAGGAGACGUUGCUUUUGGCAUCACAGAGCAUAUGGUACGUGUGCGCGCCAAACCCGACAAAUAUAGCUAUAUUAUAACGACAUACAACCAGACAGUCACAUCAACAGCAAACUUUGGCAACACAGCAUUUGUCUAUUUUGGUCCUGACGUUCCACCUUGCACGCAAAGUUUUGUCUCGGUUGUUGUGAGUCCCACUGAUUUUGCUAGAAUCUCUAACAAUCAAGUAUUUUAUGCUUGGGAUGCACAAUCAUGCAUUACAUCAUGCGUAAAUACAUGUACCAAAACUAAUCCUAUACCCAACCCACAAACGCUUGCUUGGUGUCUUGUAGUAAGUAAUCCCAAUAAUGGCAUAAUUCCUCUCAAAAUUUCUUAUGCCUUUGAUAAUAGUGCUUUUACCAGUAAUACGGGAACUUCAAGCAUUACUGUUACAAGCGCUACUACAAAUGGCGUGAGUUCUUCCCCAACAACUGUUGGCGGGGCGGGAGCAGGCUCUUCUAGUGCUAGUGGUGGUUACACUGCUACGAUAACUUUAUCUUCAGGAGUUGAGAAAAUUAGUUUGGAUAGUAAGAGCAUUUUAAACAUUGGAUUGGCGUGCAUCGUUGUUAUUAUUCAAAGCUUAUAUUAUUUGCUAUAA